CGCUGGACGGCAGGUCUCAGAUCGUUUGAGAGAUAGGGCAAAGCCAUCACCUUGUAUGGGCACAGGAGGUGCUCUUCGACCCUCACAAGCUCAAAGACCGGCUGCGGUCCACCAAGGAUACUCUCAUUUGAACAACUGAGGAACAACUGAGGGAGAACAAGAGCAAGCACGCAAGCAGGCAGGCAGGCACGCAGGCGGGCAGCAAAGAAAGAGCUUACUGGCAUACCGUCCGUGGGUCGAAGAGGGGCCUAAUUCACCUGGAAGUACACAGUGUCAGAGGGAGAGGAGCAAUGGACGCCAAGUUUGGAAGUCAGUUUGCCCGCAGUUUGGCUGCGGUUUGUUUACUUGUUGCAUGCUGUUGCGUGCCGAGCGUCGACGGCGGCAUACUCAAUGGUGUAGCGAACAGACUCGGACUGUGCAACCCUCCUGACGAGCAAUGGCAGUCGGGAACCGGCACGUUCUAUUCUGGAGGUCACGGCGGUGCGUGCGGCUUCGCCGGGCUGGGGUAUUCCAUUUUCGCGGAGAAUUAUGUCGCUGUCUCCACUGCUCUGUGGAACAGCGGGGCGGCGUGCGGUACCUGCUUGGAGGUGCGCUGCAAGGGGCCGUCAAGUGCGUGCAUUGCCGGGGCGACCAUCAAGGUCACCGUGACGGACUUCUGUCCCAACACUUACCCGAACCUUGCGCACUGCGGCACGGACAAACAUCAUCUGGACCUUGGGGAGAACGUGUUUCCCAAGAUUGCCGCUAGGUCUGUAGGCGUGAUCGAUCUGGAGUACCGUCGCGUUCCCUGCGUCCAGGCCCCCAGCAUCACGGUCUCCGUCGAGGGAAAUCAGUACGGCUACCUCGCUCUGAACCUGAUGAGACUUCCAGGCGCUGGAACCGUCGCCCAGUUGGAGAUCAAGGGCGCCAACGGCGCGUACGAGCAAUGCCGCAGGGACUGGGGAAAUACCUUCGUCAGGACGGGAAAGCCUAUUGAAGCGCCGCUGUCGCUGCGCGUAUCUGUCGGCGGGAUAUGCACUUUCGAGGCCAAGGACUGCAUCAAGAGUCUGAACUUCGGUUCGUCGGUCACCUGUUCUUACAACUGAGAGGUCCUUUGCGACCCGCGUGAGCGGCGCGAGUGCGGCGAGGCGUAUCUGUGUUCGCUGUUCGCGUGCGCGCGCUGCUGCCUCCUUUGAGUAUACAGUACGCUCAGUGAGGCGGGCAGGAUCUUCAAUUGUCUUGCCGAGGUUUUGAACAGCGUCUGGACUGGUUCCCAGCCAAUGUGGGGCCGAGGAUUCUAGGAGAACGUGAGAAGCACCAUUCAAUAUCACGGGAUGGUCAAACAGAUGUCUCCACAGCAUCGGCGGGCUGUGAUGUAGAGAGAAAGAAGAUCAGUCACAGACCAGAAUUGGAGGCGCCUGUCAACUCCCAUACAGCGGCCGAACUAUUUAUAGACUACUGUUAUGCGCCUCCGUUAGGUCUCUGUGGGAGAGACAAGAUCACCUCGCACAUCAUGUAUCCAGCGUGUAAGGACCUAAGCAGUGCACACGAGAGAGAGAGAGAGAGAGAGAGAGAGAGAGAGAGAGAGAGAGAGAGAGAGAGAGAGAGAGAGAGAGAGAGAGAGAGAGAGAGAGAGAGAGAGAGAGAGAGAGAAAGAGAGAGAGAGAGAGAUGGCGGCAUGAGUGGGGAGCGUUCAGCGGAAUGAACAAAGGAGACUGGCGCGGGAGGAGGAUGUUCGUGAUGAGCCUUGAAGCGAAAUAAUAUGUAUACUGUCUCGCGCUGAAGUGUGCGAAGUCGCCGCCACGGUCUCUCUCUCUCUUCCCCACUUGGACAGUGCGGACUGAUGAUGGAUUUGCAUCCAUGUACAAUAGCCUAGUAGUAGAUUAUUUGCAGAUCUGCGGAGGACAGACAGCCCGUGUAUGUUAGAAGAGACGAGCGAAGGGCAGCGAAGAUGUCUGUGUGCAGAGGACCUGAGAUAGCGUGGUUGCGGCGAGCAAACGUGCAAACAAUUGAGGUUGUCGAUGAAGGCAGGGCAGGUGGCAGCUCGCCGGAUUGAGGAGAGUUUUCGCCGGUCCGUUGCUUUGUUUGUAAUCUCUGACGGACUGGAGUGGCUGCUGCCGAGUGUCAACGGUUCGCUGCGUAAUGUAUGUCAUUGAUCGAUCCGGUUCUUCCAGCAUGUCCAGUUCUUCGAUCGAUCGCUGGAUUGAUGGAUGGAUUGAUGGAUUGAUGGAUGGAUCGAUUGGAUUGGUCGUUCUUUGGUCAGGAAUAAUGCGGGAGAUUUUUAUUUCUCUUUUUUUGGGUCCACGUAGUUUUUUUUUUGGUACUUUUCCUGUACCUUUGUCUGGGUGCUUGCUGCCCUUCAUUUUUUUUUCGUCGGCAUACCGAGCUGGGAUGUCCGGGUAUUGAUAGCGUCGCGAGCAAGAUUUGGAAGCUGAUGCCAGCCAGCAACGAAGUUGAUGUAACGGUAAAGAUUGACGAUGGGGUACUAGAGGGAGGGUGUGAGGAAGAGGAGCUCGACGCAUUCGAUCGUUAGGAUGUGUGUGAGGGAUCAGUGCGAGUCAGAUUCUCCGCCAUCGAUGUCGUACGUAUUGCUGACUUUACAACCCGGUCGCUCACAGUGACUAUGUUUGUCAGACGACGUUGUCGCUCACUAUGUUUGUCAGACGACGUCUGGGGAUAGACACGAGGGACAAGGCAACAUCUCGCCGNGUGACUAUGUUUGUCAGACGACGUUGUCGCUCACUAUGUUUGUCAGACGACGUCUGGGGAUAGACACGAGGGACAAGGCAACAUCUCGCCGAGGAGUCGCUCACUACUAUCAUGGCUGAGGUGGAAUCGUCUACCCGAUCGUGAUGUUAAAGACGGACGCGCUUGAACCGUCGCUACGCUUGGAUUUGACUGAGUAUAGAACGACAAUCCACUGCUAGUCUGCUACAACUACCGCGUGGUGAUAUUGGCUUGGUGCGAGCCGGCCGUCGAUUGUGAGCAUGCAAAAGAAGAUGGUUGUGCGGCGUUUGUGAGCAUGCAAAAAAAGAUGGUUGUGUCAGUACGAGCCCGCGAAUGAUUAACAUGGACAUUGAGAGUUGCCGUCCGGUGGAAAGAGGUAUCUGGCGAUGGGAGGUAGUAGCGGAGGUUGGACUAGAGACGUAUAUGUCUAUGAGCUAUCCUAGUUAGAACGUACGAAAGUCGACGGCAGUUUUCGUGGCGCGUUUUCUUGGCAGAGUUCUGCUUGUAAGAAAUUCCACCCCUCUCCUUACCUCCGACUUCUAGCCCUCUAUAUUUUUCUUUUUUGUUCGGUUUUUGUAAGAAGACGGGGAUGGGAUGGGAACCGACUGGGACGGCGAAGUUCAGAAGGAGCAGGAUCCUGCUCUGGCGUCUGAGCGGGGUGAGGACGUUGCAAGCCGCCGCAUGGGCGUCUAUAUUGUUGAGCCAGUAGUGCAAUCUGUGCCAGCGGGUGUAUCAUCAUAAGCCAUAAUUAAUUAUUGUAGCCCUGAACUGUAGUAGUAAUAGUCCCUGAACUGUAAAAGUAAUAGUCAUAGCAACCAAACAGGUCAAUUUUCGGGGUCCAGUUAUGCACUUGAAUGUGCAUUUUGUUUGUUUGCUGGCGAUAGAGGUGUGAGAAAGACAAGCCAGCCAGCCAGCCAGCCAGCCACGAGUUAGCUAUAGCCAUCAUUCGGGCACGAGUGUCUUCUGUGGGGUGGGGAGAGAGGUUCGAUCCCAUGCACUGCAGGACAGGCUGUGUUGUAGCAGUAUUGGGCGUGGAACGUAGAAUUCUGUGGAAGUGGCUGAGGGAGUUGUGUUGGCUGGGUGGGAUUCUGGCGAUUGGAGCUGGGGAUCUCUCAUGAGACCGACCUCUUUCGUCUGGAUCUUUUGCCCAUUUUGCAUGAGUACCUGUAGCAUAAUAAUACGUAACUUUUCCAACCUAUUUGUUUGUAACUCUUAGAGAAAUGGAAAAAAAAAGACGGGAAUUGGGAGGGAGGGAGGAAUUGAGCUGUUAGAACAGGCUAGACUACGGCAUCAGAUUUGUAGGUUGGGCGGGAUCAUCCGCAAGAGUAGUAGAGCAGUAAAAUUCCGUCAAGUGUCGGUUCGUCCUUGUUGGACUGACGAAGUAUUCUGUCCACGGCAAGCAAGAGCACAGUAGUAGCCACAGCGGGGAUCUGUGCUCGACGGAAGAAGGGAGCGUUGCUGUUGCGAUCUGUACGAGUUGGAAUUCUUGAGCCGUUGGAGUUGGAAUUGUACGAGUCGGGAUUGUUGAGCCGUUGGGAUCUGUACGAGUUGGAUCUGUACGAAGUGGGGUUGUUGAGCCGUUGGGAUCUGUACGAGUUGGGAUUGUUGAGGCGUUGCAGUUGGGAUCUGUACGAGUUGCAACUGUACGAAUUGGGAUUGUUGAGCGGUUGCAGUUGGGAUCUGUACGAGCUGGAGUUGUUGAGCCGUUGCGGUGGACAAUGUCACGGAACGGGAAGCUAAUAUGGGAAUACGAUAUAACAGCUGUGUAACCGAUCGAUCAUAAGCAAUGGGAAAGGAGGCAGUGAUUACUUCCCACAAGGACUGAAGGGGAUUGAUCUCCUGCCCAUGUAACGGGAACCCUAAUGAAAAGCGUUUUCAUCC